AUGGCUGCGGGUGACAGGGGUCCUUCGGGCCGCUGGCCCAGAUGGCUGGGGCAUCACUGCCCAACCUUACGGGGCCCCUUGUCCUACCAAAGCGAGGCCACGGGACACCAGUGCCCAGCCUGGGAGCCGGGAGAACCCCGCACAGAAGGCAGCCUCGCCCAAGGGAACCUGACUGGGUGGGCGGCGGUGCCCGGGUUCCCCUCGGCGGGUUCGGGGCCCUGUGACGCCAGAAGGCGACGCGACCCGUUCCCUGCGGCGCUGCCCCGCGGCCCGGCUCCCCGACCAGCCCAGAGGCCCGCGUCCUCCUCUCCGAGGUGUCGGGGCGGACGCCAGCCUCUGCCUCCGUGUCCCCCGAUGGCGGCGGCGGCGGCGGCGGCGGCGGCGGCGGCGAGCAGCAGCGGGUCCAAGACCGAGUUCAUUGUGGGAGGGAAAUACAAGCUGGUGCGGAAGAUCGGGUCCGGCUCCUUCGGGGACAUCUACCUGGCCAUCAACAUCACCAACGGCGAGGAGGUGGCGGUGAAGCUGGAGCCGCAGAAGGCGCGGCACCCGCAGCUGCUGUACGAGAGCAAGCUCUACAAGAUCCUGCAGGGCGGCGUGGGCAUCCCGCACAUCCGCUGGUACGGCCAGGAGAAGGACUACAACGUGAUGGUCAUGGACCUGCUGGGGCCCAGCCUGGAGGACCUCUUCAACUUCUGCUCCCGGAGGUUCACCAUGAAGACGGUGCUGAUGCUGGCCGACCAGAUGAUCAGCAGGAUCGAGUACGUGCACACCAAGAACUUCAUCCACAGAGACAUCAAGCCCGACAACUUCCUCAUGGGCAUCGGCCGCCACUGCAACAAGCUGUUCCUGAUCGACAUCGGCCUGGCCAAGAAGUACAGGGACAACAGGACGAAGCAGCACAUACCCUACAGGGAGGACAAGAACCUCACCGGCACGGCCCGCUACGCCAGCAUCAACGCCCAUCUGGGCAUCGAGCAGAGCCGCCGGGACGACAUGGAGUCCCUAGGGUACGUCUUGAUGUAUUUCAACAGAACCAGCCUGCCGUGGCAAGGGUUAAAGGCUGCCACAAAGAAACAGAAAUACGAGAAAAUCAGUGAGAAGAAGAUGUCCAUCCCCGUGGAAGUUCUCUGUAAGGGCUUUCCUGCAGAGUUUGCCAUGUACUUGAACUACUGCCGUGGGCUGCGCUUCGAGGAGGCCCCGGAUUACAUGUACCUGAGGCAGCUCUUCCGCAUCCUUUUCAGAACCCUGAACCACCAGUACGACUACACGUUUGACUGGACCAUGUUAAAGCAGAAAGCAGCCCAGCAGGCAACCACCUCCACCGGGCAGGGUCAGCAGGCCCAACCCCCCACGGGUUUCUGA